AUGUUUCACGUCUUCGUUUUUAUUACAACAGUCACGAUAACAUCAGACUAUCUGGUCAUGUCGCAGCCAGAAGGGAGUAAUGAAACUACCGCUGCACCUGGAAACCCGUCAACAACUGCAUUCGUCGUGACCACGAAGACUACUACUGCUGGGCAAGGUGGUGAUGGAACGACAACCACAACAGCUACCACCACAUCUGCGCCAGCUAUCACUAAAACUUCCCCUGGUCCAAAUUCGAUAACUUCUACAACGACUACUGAGACGCUCACCACAAAACAUACAACGACUCCACCUAACGAGAAUAGCACUGGUACAACUACGUCACCGAAUGCAACUAUUACAGCCGUAGGACCGAGGAAAUGUGGAAACGCUAGAGAUACUGACAUCUGUUAUUACGAGAAUAGCAGAGAACAAUGCGACAUUUGUGAAGGGGUUCUGUGCCCUACAGGGAAGAGGUGUAUGAAGAGGGAUCAGAUGUGUAUAGCAGACUGCGUUUGCGAGAAAUUCACGGACAUCGAAGACGAAGAUGGUAUUUGCAGAAGUCCAUGCUAUAAGAAUCAAUGCAUGAACGGCGGAACCUGCAUAGUUGAUGCUGGCAGACCGAAAAAAUUCCGUUGCAGUUGUCUCGAAGAAUUCGAAGGAGAUCUUUGUGAAGACUUCCACAACUACUGUCUUGAUCCCAAACCAUCGUUCUGUCCGGCGGGACAGUAUACAUGUGAGAUGCUUGGAUUUCGGAACUACACUUGUGAAUGUGCUGAGGGUUUCGUGUACAACGUCUCCGGAAAGGAAUGUGUGAAAGUUGGGGAACAUGUAAAUAUCACACUGAUCUUCAAAGAAACAUACUAUUCUGAACUCUACAACAACGUAACUCAUCCUGAGGCAAUCGAGGCAAGGAAAACAAUAUUGGGAGCGUUUACGAAGGUCUAUGGAGAUCGCCUGAUUAGACUGAUUUUCGGAAAUUUUACACAAGGAUCUCUGGUAGCACACUUAAAACUGAUGCUCAAACUAGACGAUAGUGGAGCUUUCAGAAGUAACGAACGCAUUUUUAAGCAGUUUCUCCUGGACUGCGACACUUCAAAUACGCCAUGCUUUGGCACUCUCGGAAAGGCGUACCUUCCCUAUGAUGGAUGGGCUGCCAAGGAUGAACGCUGUGGCAACAUUGUAUGUCCUCAGUACACAACUUGUGAGCCUAUUGAUGGACAACCGGGCAAAACGCAGUGUGUGUGCAUGAGUGGAUUUGAGGCCAUAGGUUCUACGAUAGACGAUCAAGGACGCCUAAUACAACUGUGCCAAGAUAUUGAUGAAUGUGAACUCAAUCCUUGUCCGACGAUUGAGGAAUGUAAAAAUAUACCCGGUAACUACACAUGCACUCGGGAUCCUACUAUUGCGACAUGUCCUAGCGGCUCCAAAAUUGUCGUGACAGGACCCUUCUCAUACAGAUGUGAAUGUAGCUGGAUAUAUGCUGGUUCUGAUUGCCGGUUUCCACUCACGCUGAUUCUUCUUAUUCUUGCCUGUUUCUUCUUGUUAACAACAAUCGUAGCUGCUACCUUCAUGUACCUUCAAAAGAAGCGGAAUCGAUCGGGAACAUAUCAGCUUUAUUCGGUGCCCGAUGGAAUGUCCAGUGUUAAAACGGUUGAAUCUUCAUGGACUUGA